AUGUUUGAUACACAUUUAUUUAGUUUAUUACAAUUAAUGAAAAAAAUUUUAUAUCCACAAACAUUUGAUCAAAAACAAGAUCAAAAAUUAAAAUCAAAAGAUAAAAAAUAUUUAACAAAUACAAAAGAACAAUACAAAACAAUUGAAAAAAUGAUAAAAUCUCGUUAUGAAUAUAUUAUUUUAGAAGAAAAUAAACGAAAUGAUUUAAUUACAUUUGAUUUAUCUUCAUUCAUUUAUGAAAAGAAAACUGUAGAACAAUAUUUAUUUAUUAAAAAUCAAAUUCAAAAAUCAAAUUUUUUUUUUCUUUAUAAAUAUCUUCAACUUAUAUUAUCAUCAUUAAUUAAUUCGUUUCAAGCAAAUCAACAACAACAAAAAGAUAAAGAUACAUCUUGUGAUGAACCAAGCUUUCUUUCCUCAAUUUUACAAAAAUAUAAUGAACAUUCAAUUGAAUGUAAAAUGGAUUUUACAUUAAAUGCUCCACAAAUACUUACUCUAAUGAAUUCAUAUUCAAAUAAAAUUAUUUUAAUGGAUUUAAGAAAAUUACAAAUGAAUACAGAUUCAAAUUUACAAGAAGAUACAAGUAUUUAUGAAAAAUUCGGUUUAAUUUUUAAAGACAACAAAUUGAGAAAUAAAACAGAUCAACAUUUAUCUACUGGAUGUCUUCAAUUAUCUGGUCUAAGUAUUCGUGGUCUUGCAAUGCUUUCACAAGAAGGUUUACCACAUGAACGUGAAACACUUGAAUAUGCUUGGCAAAUGGAAAUUAUACUUGCACCUAUUCGUUUAUGUAUGUGUAAUAUGCAUACAUCAUUAUGUAAUGAAAGUUUAACUUUAAAAGUUGAUACAAUACAAAUUCGACAAUUAUUACGUCUUUAUCCUGGUUCAUGGUUAGAAGCUGGUUCAAUAAGUGUUCCUGAAUUACGUAUUAAUGCAAAAUUUGAAUGUCAUCCACCAACACCUACUACAAUAAAUGAACAAUUAGAACUUCUUCGCCGACAUGAUCAACAUUCCCAACGACUUCAUUUUCUUUAUAAUUUUAAAUCUCAAUAA